AUGGCUCGUAAGCAUAAGGGCCAAUCCCUUAACGACUGCCCCAAGGACCUUAACGACAUCCCGUACAUCCGCUGGAUGAACCAACAGAUCGCUAACGGCCGUCAUCCUACCGGCUUAUCCGCUCCGCCCGCGCCUGACGAGCAGGGUUCUAGUGCACCGUCACCCAGCGCCGGUCCGUCACGUGUGUGCCGCCAGCCGCCUCGAACCGGUGCAACAAUUCGGCCCGUCGUCGAGAAGUUCGUGGAUGACGACGAUGAGGAAGACGCCGAAGAAGCCGACGGCAGUGACGAGGAGAACGAAGAGCCUGAGGAUACGGGGAUGUCCCCGUCAGACGACGAGGGAGACGAUGACGACGCCGACGACGACGCGGAGGAGGAAGUGCAACCUGUGACUCAGCCGCCAAAACGGAGCGCCCCUCGUGUUUCUGCCGCUGAUAAAGGCAAAGGCAAGGCGGCUGCACCACCGCCACGACAGGAGCCCCUGAAGAAGCGGUUGGCUGCCCCGGUAGAGAGGGGCAUGUGGUCGGACAAGGAAAGCACCAUCUUCGCCGCGGCGCGUUGGUUCACUAAGGAAGAACUUGAGCCGCUUAAGGGCAAGCAGGGGACGCAGUACUGGGUGCGCCUUCUCGCGCACAUCAAGGAGUCGAACCCCGGGAUCACACAGCAAGCGGCCCCGGCAAGAAUGCGCCAUAACCUGCAAUCAUUGCGCCCGUUGAAGAGGCGCCAUCUUCCUUUGAAGGCGCCGAUGCACCUCUCCACCGCCAUGCGCGUAGCGCUCUGGCAGUAG